CAGCGCACCAUGGUGGUUCGGGUGCCCUUGUUUGCCCUCAGCAUCUUGGUAUGGCUGUCGUGCGGCGUUGCAAGGCAGGGUCCUCCCAUCAGUCAGGAUGGCGAGUGCGCUGGCUUGAGCUUUGCUGACGUCGGCCCUGCGGUGCUUAAGAAGGAUGAGGUCGUCAUGGGCAUCGACAUCGACAGAUACACCGUGAGAAGACGACGUGACACGACACACCUCUAGGCGCGGCGGGGGAACCUGCUAUACGUACUCGGGGUUGUCUGGAGUUGACAGCUGUCUGACUGUCUGUCUGUCCGUCUGUCUGGUAUCCGUGUCCGUGUGCAGGGCCUGUGGUACCAGAUAGCUGAUUCCAUUCUGCCCCGCUGCACCUUUGGUGUGGGUUGCUCGUGCACGGGCACACUCUACGAGGCGGCUCUCGACGCCGACACCGACAGGCCCUUCAUCGAGGUCAACAACAUAUGCCGGAGGGAAAUCCCGGUACCACCGUCAGAAGGCCGCGCAGACCCAAUCGAGGAUCCGGACAGUAAGGGACUGAUUGAGGGGCGGCUGUAUGUGCAGUUCGCGCCAGACAGGGACGAGCUAACCUUCCCUCCCACUGGCGUGACCAUCUUGGAUCAGCCCGAGUUCUUCUUUUCGCGGGUGGGCAACUACUGGAUCAUUUACCUUGAGCCGGCCGAGGGGGAAACACUGGAGGAGGGAAAGGAGCCCUAUGAGAUCGCCGUGGUAGGCCAUUGCCCUGACGCACCUAUUGUGGUCCAGAAUGGAUAAACGCAGCGCUGGCUGUGUGCUGUGUGUAGAUUGGGAGUCCCGACAACACGACCCUGUUCAUUCUCUCGCGCAAGCCAGAGGUGUCUGACGAAGACUAUGAGCGCAUCCUGCAGGCCAUUGUCGACUUGGGGUACGACCUCGAUACCGUCCAGCUGAAGAAGACGGAGCAGGGGGGAGACUGCCCGCCGCUAGAAGACCUGCUCGCCGAGAUCGGGGUCGAGGUGCCCGAAGACACGACUCCUGAUAAGACCACUUCGACGACAGAAAAGCCCACUGAGGCGCCGACCAAGAAGCCGACCAAGAAGCCGUGUGCUAGUAAAUAGGUAAGGCCAGCAGCCGGUCGGUGUGCG